UCUUGGAGGGGCUGAACAUUAAGGAUCUUCUCUUCUUCUCCCUCACUAAUCGAACUAGAAUGUUAAGUAAUAUUAUCCGGAUGGUUUUUCGGGUUCCGUUUUUAGUGGAGUUUCCCCGUUCCUGAUGGAUUGUACCCCAGUACUGACGGACCGGUGAUCGAGCGACCACAAAUCAACAGCCUCCUCUGGAGACAAGGAUUCAGCAGGUCUGUUUGUUGGGAGGCUGGAGGCAGCCAUGGAGGCGUCCAGCGCUGGAGGCCCGAGGCCGCCUCACCUCAUGGAGGGGGAGGACGAGGCCCUGCAGAAGUUCUUCGACGGUCAAGAUGUGACUGAAGUUCUGGAGAGUUCUGUUGCCGUGGACACCAGCAUUUUGGAACAGUACCUCUCCAACCACUUCGACCCACACAACUUCAUGCUCCCUGAGUCGCCCCCGGACUCGAUCUCUGAGGUCUGCUCGCCUCCCCGAGACUCAGACCUCCAUUACCAGCGAUCCUAUUGGUCCACAUCGGGGGAAAACCAGGAAAACACCUUCCAGCCAAUAACAUCGCAUCCCGCGCCCUCAUCCUGUCGCUUUGAGGAGCCAGGCUCCUUCCCUUUAGACAACUGUGAACUCCUGACCCAGAGUCAGCUGCAGAGUCUGGGUCUGAGCAGGACCUGCUCCCGGGGGGACCCGGGGCUGCACCCAGGUCGGCCUCCCCAGUACCAGCAGGGGUCCAGCAGCCAUGCCCAGGCUGACACGCCCCCACCACACCAUUUGGCCACGCCCCCCUCUUCACAUCACCCGGCCACGCCCCUCCAACCACACCACCUGACCAGGCCCCUCCCACCACAGCAUUUGGCCACGCCCCCCUCUUCACAUCACCCGGCCACGCCCCUCCAACCUCACCACCUGACCAGGCCCCUCCCACCACACCACCUGACCAGGCCCCUCCCACCACAACACCUGACCAGGCCCCUCCCACCACACAACCCGACCACGCCCCUCCCACCUCACCACCCGGCCACACCCCUCCCACCACACCACCUCUCAUCACACCACCUCCCGGUGCGACCCCACGGUCCCCCAGCGCCUCUUCCACCCCAGGCACCACCCGGAGGGCCCCCCGCCCCCACCCAGAGCCCAGGAUCCGGACCCCCCCACGGCGGACACCCCCCAGACUCCCCAGGCCAGCAGCAGAGCAGUAAGAGGAGGCGGGCGUGUUCUGGGGACGUCGGCCCGGAGUCGUUCUACGGUGACAGUGAUGGGGGCGGGGCCGGGGCUCUGGGGGCGGGUCAUCUGCUCACCUGGGACCCCUACCAAUCAGAGCAGUGGCAUCGCCUGAGUGACGGCAGCUGUCAGGCUCUGCCCCCCCUGGCGUUCCACGUGGAGACGGACAAGGGCUUCUUCUACUCGUCGGCUGACGAGGCCUUCGUGUGCCAGAAGAAGAACCACUUCCAGGUCACAGUCCACGUAGGCGUGGCCGGGGAGCCGCGCUACGUUGCCAUGGACAACGGUGCGCAGCCAGUCAGCCGCUUCCAGUUCAACGUGUUCGGGGUGAAGCAGGAGGCUAGCACCCAGCAGGUGACGAUAGAGCAGUCUAAUGCUGACCGCAGCAAGAGGCCGUUCAACCCCAUCAUGAUCGGUCUCCCUGGCAACAAGAUCACCAAGGUAACCCUGGGACGACUGCACUUCAGCGAGACGACCGGCAACAACAUGAGGAAGAAGGGACGACCCAACCCCGAUCAGAGGUACUUCCAGAUGGUGGUGGGCCUCUACGCGACCGUGGAGAACCACAGCGUCCUGCUGGUGGCGCUACGCUCCGAGAGAGUCAUCGUCCGGGCGUCGAACCCGGGGCAGUUUGAGAUGGACGGCGACACCCUUUGGCAGCGGGGGGCGCAGCAGGAGGCGGUGGUGUGUCAGGGCCGCGUGGGCAUCAACACCGACGCCCCCGACGAGGCGCUGGUCGUCUGCGGCAACGCCAAGGUCAUGGGCGUGGUCAUGCACCCGUCCGACAGCCGCGCCAAGGAGAACAUCCAGGAGGUGAGCUCAGAGGACCAGCUCCGGAGAAUCGCCCAGAUGAGGAUAGUGGAGUACGACUACCGGCCGGAGUUCGCCUCCAGGAUGGGCAUCGACCACCUCCACCAAACAGGGAUCAUAGCCCAGGAGGUGAAGGAGCUGCUUCCAGCGGCCGUGACGCAAGUGGGCGACAUCAUCUGCUCCGAUGGAGAGACCAUCCCCAGCUUCCUGAUGGUGGACAAGGAGCAGAUCUUCAUGGAGAACGUGGGAGCGGUGCAGCAGCUGUGUAAGCUGACCGAUAACCUGGACAGCCGGAUCCAGGAGCUGGAGGGCUGGAACAGCAGGCUGGCCAAACUCAAGAGUCUGAGCGGUAGCCUGCGGUCUAAGGGAAAAGCAACAACACACCCUAGUGUGUCCCCCAGCCCCCCCAAAAACAAGUCCAGCCCCGUCAUGCCUGGGAAGGAUAGCAGGAUGUGUUCGCAUCCCAAGGCGUUCAAGGCCAGCGUCUACACUCUGUUGACCACCAUGGCCCUCUGUGUGAUCGCUAUAACAGCUCUUUACCUGUUGACGCUAGGCGAGAAACAAUCUGACUUCCCAGAUGACAGUGGCAAUGCGUUUCCUGUUGGGACCACCGCUGCUUCAACCCCAGCGACCAACCCCCCCUUAACCCACUGGCCCCCGGACGUGAGCUUCUGCGAUCUGCUAUACUGCGACGAGGUGUUCUGCUGCCCCCUAGAGCCCAGCGUCGGCAGCGACAUGAACGACACGUCAAUCACCAGCACCGAAUCUCCGCAAAAGGACCCCUGUCUGGGAGAGGAUGGACAGAAGCUGUAUGACCAGCUCAAGUUUGCCAGAGACUGGACCAACACCUCCAUUCAAAGCUUCGUCAUCAAGGAGAACCAGCAGGUGAUUGACAGCCGGUACCUGGACGGGACCAGCUGUGGACCGGGACGGGUCAGCUACAAGGUCCCCAUCAGCCAGUACGUCCCGCUGAACAUGAGGAUCAGCCUCCUGAUGAACUCCACAGAGCUGCUGGUGGUGCACCUUUGUGAGGUGGAGGAGUCGGCGUCCUGCACGCUUCUGCUGGACAUGGACAUGUUGACAGGCACCCGAUACCCCUCCAACACCCAGGGCGUCCAUGAGUGGCCUCUCCACGUGGCUCGUCUACAGCACAGCUCCUAUCACUUCAGGUCCACUGUGGCGGUAAGAACCCAAACAUACUGUAGCACCACUACUAGUAGUAACACACAACAGACUAUUACUAACACACAACUGACUACUCACAACAGACUGCUUGCACACAACUGACUACUAACGCACAACAGACUAUUACUAACAAUUUAAAUAUACUUAGAUGCAUCACUACUACUAGUACACAAAUAAAACAAACUAACACCUAACCAAAUAGUACUAAUACACACUAAUAUUUGUCACUAACACCAAAUGAGACCCCAGAACAUCGUAACAUUAAGGCCCUGCUGUUGCAGAACCAAACACGAAUGAACACAUGAAUGCUCUAUAUCCCUUGUGGACGGGU